UGUGUUAACAUAGCUGUUUGUCAUUUGAUAAUAAUGAGAUAACAAAAAAAUAAAAGUAUUGUAAUUAUUGAUUUUGAAGUCCAGAACAAAACAAAAAUUAUUAAUAUUUAGACUGUGAUAAGUUUUGGUAUAUGUUAUUGUAAAUAGGUAUUAAAAUUUUAUACAAUGGGUAAGUUUUAUAAUAAUUUUGUUAACAUAUUUACAAUUAGUAUUAAUAAUAUUAGGUACUAAUUUUAAUAUUCUAUUGAUUUUUAGACACUAGCACUCAAAUCAAUAAUGAAAUUGAUGUCAAUCAAUGGAAUGAUUUGCUAUUGGAUGUACAAAAUAAAAGCAGAAAAAAGUUGCCUGAAAACAAAAAUGUAUUGUUAUUGGGCGAUAGUAAAUCAGGCAAAACAACAUUGGUGACCAAGCUACAAGGCCUCAAAGAUUCAAAACAGGGAUGGGGCAUGGAGUAUGGGUACAUACAGGUUAGAAAAUGUCCAAAUUUAAGUUUAAUUUUUAUAAAUAUAUUGUAUUUUGGUUAAUAGGUACGUGAUGAUAGCACUGAUGAAAAUGCCCAGUUAAACGUUUGGACUUUGGAUGGUGAUCGAUCACUGAAAUAUUUGAUGAAGUUUGCAUUAAAUGAGCAAAACUUUGAGGAUACCACAAUAAUUUUAGUUGCUUCCAUAAAGAACCCAUGGAAAAUUAUGGAAUCUCUAGAAUUUUGGUCAGCAAGACUUCAGGAUCAUAUAGAUUGCUUGAAUUUAGGCAUGGAGCAAACUCAAAAUCUCAGAGAUAAAUGUGUUGAUAGAAUCAUUGAUUACUCACCACCUGAUAGUAAAUAUCGCACAAGUUUAAACUUUUUUUGUAUUUUAAUAACAUAAUUCAUUCAAAUUCAAAUUUAUAUUAGAGUAAAUAUGUGUAAUAUUUCAUUAAAAAUGUUACUCUAUUCAAUUAAAAACAUUGGCAAUCAUCAGAUAUGAAAAUUUACUAAAAGUUCAAUUUUUGUGAAUUUUGGGUUUUCUAAAUUAUUAAAUAUAAAAUAAAUAUUGUAUCAUUACAUAUAAUAUAUAAAUUUGACAGUACUAGUUGUUAAAUAUUAUUAUUUGUAUUUUUAUAAAAUGUUUCUAAUUUUUUUUAGAUUUGUCAUAUGAAUCGAGUCAAAAGGUCCGACUUCUCAAUGAAGGGGUAUUGACAAAAAAUCUUGGUUUGGAUGUUGUUGUUGUUAUAACCAUGACUGAUUGCAUCAAGAACUUAGAAAUUGACAAUUAUUCCGAAGAACAUUUUGAUUAUAUUCAAUGUUGUUUACGAAAAUUUUGUCUACAAUUUGGCGCUGCUUUAUUUUAUGUUUCUGUAAUGGAAGACAAAAAUUGUGAUCUACUAUAUAAAUAUUUAAUGCAUAGGUAAAAUAAAUGAUAUUUAAUAAAAUAUUAAAUCUCAUUUACCAUUUCUAUUAACUUUUGAAUGAUACUCAGAAAAAUAUUUUCUAAAUGUUUGAUCAUUGUGAAAUUUGUAAUAACUAGUUUCAAUAAUUAGUAUAACAAUAAAAAAAAUAUUUUAAAUUUAUUUUUUUUUAGGUAUUUAUAUUAAUUUUUUUUUCCCCCAGAAUUUACCGCUUUCCAUUUAAGACACCGGCAUUAAUUGUGGAAAAGGAUUCUGUAUUUGUUCCUUCUGGCUGGGACAGUAUGAAAAAAAUUGAAGUGCUCUAUGAAAACAUGCAAAAAAUUGAUCCUGAAACACAUUACAGUGAUGCUAUUCCAUUUCCAUAUGAAAAACAGCAUAAAGAACAUGAACUCCAAGAUGAAGAAGAACAAGUAUUUUUGGCCAGACAGCUCGUGUUGUUGAAUCAAAAUAUAGCUCAGCCACAAACACCAGUUGUUAGAAAGUCAAUUGAAUUGACAAAACCAUUAUCGGCUAAUAAACGAAUUUCAGACAAUCCUCCACCUAGCAGUGAACGAGCUUUGGCUAGCUUUUUCAAUGCACUUUUGCAAAAAAAACAAGAAUCUCCAACGGCAAGAACUCCAUCAAAAAAACCAGUCGAAAAUGCAGGCUCACAACAAUCAGACCAGACUGAUAGUGAUUCCAAUACUCCAAAAUAAAAAUUUCUAAUCUCUAAUAUUAUGCAUGCCAAAUUUAGAUAUAUUUGUAUAUCGUAAUAUAAAUCAAAUAAAACUUGUCUAAUUAUAUUUAAUUAAUACUUUUGUUCUUAUAAUUUGUAUUGUUCAUAAUAUUUAUAUAAGUUGUUAGACAUAAUUACUAUAUACAAUUAAUAAGACAAUUAAUUUAAAAGUUGAUUAAAGCUUUAGUUUUAAAAAUAAAAACAAAUGUCUAGUUCAUAAGUUUAAAACAGUAUUAAACUUAAUCACAAAUAAUUGUAUUUACAAGUAUUGAUAUAAUAGUCAUGGAUUUAGUCAAAAAAUUAGUAUAUAUAUUUGUUGUGAACGUUAUCAAAAUUAAUGGGUAGUCAAAUUAUAAUUUUUUUUUUUUUUU